UAGAGGCUGUGGAGGCGGUCCUUCAUUUAGGUUGCAUUGAAACUGAAACAGACAGCUUUGGAUUUAAAGGAGAAGCACGGAGGUUUACAUUUUGAUUUAGUUAUUUUUUGUAGAUUUUAAAUCUCCGGUUAUAAAUAUUAACAGAUACACGUAGGCUUAACUUUAAAUAACGCAGAAACAGGGUGAACGAGCGGGUGAAGGGAAAUCAGCCGCUAUUAAAAGAUGUCGAUUCAGUUCGAGGAGCCACUGAUAGGGAGUUACGGGGCAGUGGAUUCGUUCCCGAAAGAUUUUGGGUAUGGGGUGGACGAGGCAGAUUUGGAGGAAACCUCUGCCCCAUCGGAUAGCAAACCUCGCAUCCUUCUAAUGGGUCUGCGGAGGAGCGGAAAGUCGUCUAUACAGAAGGUGGUGUUCCAUAAGAUGUCCCCUAAUGAAACCCUGUUUCUAGAAAGCACAAAUAAGAUCUACAAAGAUGACAUAUCCAACAGCUCAUUUGUUAACUUCCAAAUUUGGGAUUUUCCUGGUCAGGUGGAUUUUUUUGACCCCACAUUUGACUAUGAGAUGAUUUUCAGGGGUACAGGAGCAUUAAUAUUUGUUAUUGAUGCACAGGAUGACUAUGUAGAAGCACUUGGAAGGCUUCAUCUUACAGUGUCCAGAGCGUACAGAGUCAAUCCGGACAUCAAUUUUGAAGUAUUUAUUCAUAAAGUGGAUGGAUUAUCUGAUGAUCACAAAAUUGAAACGCAAAGAGACAUCCAUCAAAGGGCAAAUGAUGACUUGGCUGAUGCAGGUCUGGAAAAGCUUCAUCUUAGUUUUUAUUUGACAAGUAUCUAUGACCAUUCAAUAUUUGAGGCCUUUAGCAAAGUUGUUCAGAAGCUUAUUCCUCAACUUCCAACUCUGGAGAAUCUUUUAAAUAUUUUUAUAUCGAAUUCAGGAAUUGAAAAGGCGUUUUUGUUUGAUGUAGUUAGCAAAAUCUACAUUGCCACAGACAGUUCGCCUGUUGAUAUGCAGUCUUACGAGCUGUGUUGCGAUAUGAUAGAUGUCGUCAUAGAUGUUUCUUGUAUUUAUGGUUUAAAAGAAGAUGGCAGUGGAAGUGCUUAUGAUAAGGAAUCCAUGGCUAUUAUCAAACUGAACAAUACAACAGUUCUUUAUCUUAAGGAAGUAACGAAAUUUCUCGCAUUAGUCUGCAUUCUGAGGGAAGAAAGCUUUGAACGUAAAGGUUUAAUUGACUACAAUUUCCACUGUUUUCGCAAGGCUAUCCAUGAGGUUUUUGAAGUUGGGGUGAACUCCCAAAGAAUAGGAAGUCUACAGACCAAUACACCAAACCUGAAAUCAGUGACUCAUAAUGGCACACCCAGGAAUGCUGUUUAAAGCCAGUGGACAAACCUAAAUGGGGACGCGCAGCUGGACAGGCGCAUCCAUGCCAACCUGUUACUCAGUCCAAUGCCACAAAUGCAGCAUUUACACAAGAAAACACAAGUGAACCUGUAAAUGGAUUUAAUGGAUAUGAAGAUUUUGAAAGUGUUUCUCUUUGACACCAAGUUGUCUGGAAUUCUGGCUGCUGUGGAUCGAUGUCUUGUAAUUUGUUAUGAACAGAGAGAGAAAUGGAGAAAUGUUCAAGGCCCAACUACUGAAGACCAUGCCAUUUUAAGGAAAACCAAUAUAUCCAUGUUAACUUCAGACCCUAUAAAUUACGAUUUGAACUUUUUUUUUUUUUAUUAAUAGAAAUAUAAAAUUUGGCUUAAGGAAAUGCAUAUUUUGCUGUGGCGUUUCUUACUUCUCUGAAAGAUGCUUUAGGCAGUAAAGCAUGUUGGGCUGAGUAAUUACAAGUUUGCAAUUGCAGACUUUAACCCUUUGCCUCUGAUCAUUUUGCACAUUCAAUUUUAUUGUAUUUUUUUAAGAUAACUGGACACAAUCUACAUUUUGUUAUGUGAUCACUUCCUAAUACUGAACUAGCACACACAAUGGGAGGGUUGUAUAGUUUCCACACAAGAUUGUGCAAACAGAAUCUUUUGUACAAAGGUGCUUCAUAUUAAUAAGCUGGUAAAAAUAUAAAUUAAUGUUGUUUUGGCAUAUCGUGUGUUCAGUGUCUUUCAACAAGAGACCAAGCUGAGGUUGACAGGGAUGAUUAUAUAAUUUCCUGCUAACAUUGAUACCGUAGUGUUCAUGUAUUCAUUAUUUUGAAAAUAAUGAUUUGAUUGCUGGAUAAUUUAGUGUGCUUUUUUUUCUUUUUUUUUUCUUUUUUUGAAUGUUGGUAGAAGUUUAAAUGAGAAUCGGCCCCUGGAGGCAAAGGGUUGGUUGAAACUCCUCUGUAAGAAGUGUGUGGUUUUUUUUUUGUUUUGUUUUGUUUUGUUUUUUUUUUUUGUUUUUUUUUUUUAUUUAAUUUAACAGGUUGUAUAGUAAUAUGCAGAGGUGAUGACCCUAAUAAUUUUGAGUAUCAUUGUGAACAAAGUAAGAAAGUAAAUUGUCAGUAACUAGAAUUGCUUGGGCAGUUGAACAUGGAUCAGUUUGCAAAAAUAACCAGACAAUAUGAAACCUCUGAUUUUAGAGGGGGAAAUUGGGCAAAGUGGGAUAUUGCCAAAGGUUUUGCCUUGCACAAAAAAUAAACUGUUGCACAUCUGUA